AUGCCCUUCUUCCACUUCGCACGCCACCCCGUGCGCACCUCCGUCUCGUUCCUCAAGGCGACCUGCCUCAUCCACCUCGGCCUCUCGCACGGCUACAACAUCAGUCCGGCUCAGGGCCCGUCCAUGUUGCCCACAUUCACUGUUGAUGGCGAUUGGAUCCUCUGCGACAACACUCGUCGCUGUGGCCGCGGCGUCGGCAUCGGUGACCUCGUCGUCUACCGCAUUCCCGUCUUCUCCAACCAAUGGGGAGUCAAGCGCAUUAUAGGCAUGCCUGGCGAUUAUGUAUCUGUCGGAACUCCGGGUGAUCCGGGCGAGGAAUUGAUGAUCCAGAUCCCACAGGGUCAUUGCUGGGUGUCAGGAGACAAUCUCCCUGCCUCUCGCGACUCAAGACACUUUGGUCCCCUGCCACUGGCUCUCAUCUCUGGUACCACCAUUGCCAAAGUCCUCCCUUGGAACGAGCGGAAGUGGAUGAAGAAUGGGCUGGAGAAGGUCGACUAA